AAUAGCAUAAUCAUAUUCAUUUCAAUUGAUUCCUUCAUUUAAUUAAUCGACAUUAUAUUAUAAUAAUAAUCAUAAUUAUAUUAAUCAAAACAUUCCCAGAAUCAGUAGGAAGAAGGCGAUCAUCCUCCAAUUCGUUAAUCUUCUACUACCAAGCUCAACGUUUUAUAAAAUUGCAAAUAUGAUGGGAAUUAUGAGGCAGAAGUUUGCUUCUGGAAGCUUCUCUCAAUCGUUGCAGAGGAUUAGACCUGCUGUUUUGGGUUUGAGAAGCUACUCAUCUUCUGGAAAACAGAUGAUGGUUAGGGAUGCCAUUAACUCUGCGAUUGACGAGGAGAUGGGUGCUGAUCCUAAAGUAUUUUUGAUGGGAGAAGAGGUUGGGGAAUAUCAAGGUGCCUAUAAGAUCACAAAAGGAUUGCUCGACAAGUAUGGUCCCAAUAGAGUUAUUGACACACCAAUCACAGAGGCUGGUUUCACUGGUAUUGGUGUUGGUGCUGCUUUCCAUGGCCUGAAGCCUAUUGUGGAGUUCAUGACUUUUAAUUUUGCUAUGCAGGCAAUUGACCACAUUAUAAACUCUGCUGCAAAAACAUGCUACAUGUCUGCAGGCCAGAUCACUGUUCCCAUUGUUUUUAGGGGUCCUAAUGGUGCUGCUGCAGGAGUUGGUGCCCAGCAUUCCCAGUGUUAUGCACCAUGGUAUGGCUCUUGUCCUGGAUUGAAGGUUUUGUCUCCAUACUCAGCCGAGGAUGCUCGGGGAUUGUUAAAGGCAGCCAUUAGGGAUCCUGAUCCAGUUGUUUUUCUGGAGAAUGAAAUACUAUAUGGAGAGUCAUUUCCGAUUUCUGAUGAAGUUGUAGAUCCCAACUUUACUGUCCCUAUUGGAAAGGCCAAGAUUGAAAGGGAAGGGAAGGAUGUGACAAUAACAGCAUUCUCAAAGAUGGUGGGUUUUUCUCUCAAGGCAGCUGAGAUACUGGAAAAAGAAGGAAUAAGUGCUGAGGUCAUUAAUUUACGAUCAAUUCGGCCUCUGGACAGAGCAUUGAUCAAUGAUUCUGUCAGGAAAACAAGCAGAUUGAUAACUGUUGAAGAAGGGUUCCCACAGCAUGGUGUUGGAGCUGAAAUCUGUACAUCUGUUAUUGAGGAUAGCUUUGAUUAUCUUGAUGCACCUAUUGAGAGGAUUGCUGGGGCCGACGUACCAAUGCCUUAUGCACCCAACCUUGAGAAAAUGGCUCUACCACAGAUUGAAGAUAUCGUACGUGCUGCAAAGCGGGCUUGUUAUAGAGCAGUACCAAUGGCAGCAGCAGCAUAAGCUUUUGAGUGGUAAAAUUUACAACCUUUGGCAAAUUUGAAAUUGUUAAGCAAUAAACCGUUUUAUGUAUGCUAUGGGACGGGAGUAUAAGGUGAAUAGCCUCUAAUCUGUGAGGGUUAUGUCAAUUGAGCUAUAUAUUAGAUGCUUCUUAGAGCCACAUAUGUAGCUUAGAAUUUUAGAUCGCAGAUUUGUUACCCCGUGUCUAUCUUCUGCAGUAUUACUUCCUGUAUGAUGACAGAGUGACAAUUUUUCCUGAUGGUGGCACAAAUAUGGUUCAGUAUGAUUUUUCUUUGAAAUAAGUUUAAAGUGCGGGAGAUGGACAGUUCUUUAUGAGCUUUUUCUGAGGAAAUUCUUUGUUGUAAUGUAUGCAUUUUCUCAUCGCUUUACAUUGUAGAAUUAUGUCCUUAGCUUUGUUUCUUGUUUGUGCUAUUCAAAUCUUUUUGUACUGGAUUUACUUAGUAUGUUUUUGUUGCUCUUUA